AUGCAUUUUAUGGCAGGCCCUGCAGGUAGCCGGAGUAUGGGGGCCCUGGGCCUCCACAGCAACCCCCAAGCCCUAUACAUGAUCCUUUUAAUAGCGCUGGUCAUGAUGAGCUUGGUGUUUGGUAAUUUUGAUCCUGAACCCCCUCAUCCAGUUCAGCUCCCCAAAUACCUGCGCUGCUAUCGAUGCCUCUUGGAGACCAAGGAGUUGGGAUGCCUUCUGGGAUCAGACAUCUGCCUCGCCCCGCCUGGCAGCAGCUGCAUGACUCUCCUCAUAAAGAACAACAGUGGUUCUGACAUCAUGGUGAGUGACUGCCGCCGCAAGGAACAGAUGAGUGAUUGUUCAUAUACCCACUCUUCUCCAGUGUUUGGCUUCUGGAUAUUUUCUCGAUGCUGCUUCCGGGAGUUCUGCAAUAACCCCCAGAACAGAGUCUUCUAUAUUCCUUAG